CUUCACUUUGCUUCUGGGGACUCUGCCUCUGUCUCUGUUGUUGAUGUUUCUCUCUCUCGCUGGACUUUUACUUGCAAGGCUCUGGUCGAUGGAUGCAUUUCUUCUGUCGGUAGUCGUAGUAUAGUAAUAGCGCCUUUGGCGCCGUAGCGGAGGAGAAGGGACAAGGGAGUAGGGAGGACCGGAAAAAGAAAAGGCUAGGGUUGGUAACUAGCCAACCAUGGGUUUGCAGGUGCUUAAUGCACUUGAUGUAGCAAAGACGCAAUGGUAUCACUUUACAGCCAUUGUGAUCGCCGGUAUGGGCUUCUUCACCGAUGCCUACGAUCUUUUCUGCAUUUCUCUCGUCACCAAGUUGCUGGGACGGAUCUACUAUCACGUUGAUGGCGCACCGAAGCCCGGCACACUGCCUCCGAAUGUGGCGGCAGCUGUCAAUGGCGUCGCUCUCUGUGGAACCCUUGCCGGCCAGCUCUUCUUCGGAUGGCUUGGCGAUAAGAUGGGACGUAAGCGUGUCUACGGCCUCACCCUUAUUCUUAUGGUUGUCUGUUCCAUAGCUUCCGGGCUUUCCCUGGGAAAGGACCCAAAAGCCGUUAUUGCUACCCUCUGCUUCUUCCGCUUCUGGCUCGGCUUUGGCGUCGGUGGUGAUUAUCCACUCUCUGCUACCAUCAUGUCUGAGUACGCCAACAAGGAUACUCGUGGUGCUUUCAUUGCUGCUGUCUUCGCCAUGCAGGGUUUUGGAAUUUUAGCUGGUGGGAUUGUAGCCAUCAUCGUCUCCGCGGCUUUCAAAGCCAAGUUCCCCGCCCCGGCUUACAGAGUUGAUCCACUUGCUUCGACAGUCCCACAAGCUGAUUACAUAUGGCGUAUUAUUGUAAUGUUCGGUGCUGUACCAGCAGCUUUGACAUACUACUGGCGUAUGAAGAUGCCUGAGACUGCCCGUUACACUGCCCUCGUUGCCAUGAACGCCAAAAAAGCUGCAGCUGACAUGUCCAAGGUCCUUCAGGUUGAUAUCGACGUUGAACAGGAGAAGAUCGAGGUGAUGGCGCAGAAACGAAGCCACCAGUUCGGUUUGUUCUCCUGGGAGUUUGCUCGUCGCCAUGGCCUUCAUCUGCUGGGAACCACCAGCACUUGGUUCUUGCUCGACAUUGCGUUUUAUAGCCAGAACCUGUUCCAGAAAGACAUCUUCUCUGCGAUUGGGUGGAUUCCCAAAGCAGAUACAAUGAACGCAAUCGAAGAAGUGUUCAGAAUUGCAAAGGCACAGACACUGAUUGCACUCUGCAGCACUGUCCCCGGAUACUGGUUUACCGUGUUUUUUAUCGAGCGCAUGGGGAGGUUUGCGAUUCAACUGAUGGGUUUCUUCUUCAUGACAGUCUUCAUGUUUGUGCUGGCCAUUCCAUACAAUAACUGGAUCCAGAAGGAGCACCGGAUUGGGUUCGUGAUAGUUUAUUCCCUUACCUUCUUCUUUGCCAACUUCGGACCGAAUGCCACCACAUUCAUCGUGCCGGCGGAGAUAUUUCCGGCCAGGUUAAGGUCAACAUGUCACGGUAUAUCGGCAGCAGCGGGCAAGGCCGGAGCUAUAGUCGGGGCAUUUGGGUUCUUAUACGCGGCGCAGAGCCGGGACAAGACCAAGACGGAUGCGGGGUACCCACCUGGUAUCGGUGUCAAGAACUCACUCAUCAUGCUGGGAGUCAUAAACUUCGGUGGGAUGUUAUUUACGCUGUUGGUACCGGAAGCCAAGGGCAAAUCGCUGGAAGAGUUAUCAGGUGAGUACGAGGAAGAAGCUGAGCCGAGCACAGAGCUACAGCCAGGUCACAAUAACAACAGUACCAUCCAAGUUUAGCUGUUGUACAGUACUACAUUGCUCUCUGUAUCUAUAACACUGUCAUCAUUUCCUUAAUAUACAUGAUGUUCUUUUCUUCUUUUUUUUGGUAUUUAAUUCUACAUGGUGUGAGAGCGCAGUUGUGAGUGUUGUUGUCAUUUGGUUUGGGGUCUGCGUUAACUUUGUUUUGAGUACCAGUUUGUGCUUGCUUUCUUAGGAAAUAGGGUCUUGUAUGUUUUUCUUUUCCUUUAGCUUGGGCUUCUGUUGUUAUACUUUGUAUCUAUAAUCUUUUCUUUGUAUUA